AUGGCGGAAAGCCAUGGAUACGGGCUGGGCGUGUUCACUGGAAAGGCGAUCCGAAAAGGCACCGAAAUCGAACCUCUCUACAAUGGAGCCAACGGCCAAGCUGGCGAACCAUUGCUGCCCUUCUAUGGCGCCGAGUCCAUCUACGAGUCACAUCCACCGCUUCGUGAAUACGUUUGGGAAGAAGACAACAUGCCCGAGACUGCCGUGGUAUAUCCCGCUGGACUCACGGCGUUGUUCAUGCCUGGAUUGGCGUCCAUCGCUCCUUGCACGUCGACCAACUUUAACUUGCGAAUCUUGGGCCCUGGCAAGGAGGAUGGAGCUAGCGAAUCACUUCAUGCCCAUCACAGUCGCUACCAAAAGAAGAACGAUCCGUACUUGGGUGCUCAUGCUCCGCAACGAAAUGUCACGUACGUGGCCGCACGCGACAUUAGUCCCGGUGAAGAACUGACGGUCGAAUGCGGUGAUGACAACUACGAUGGCGGGGCCUAUUUCUUGUCCAAAUAUCAGCCGGAUGAUGAUGCCGUGAUCUGUUUGGAUCAGAACGUCCGUGUAGAGGUGUCGCACAUUCAAGGACACGGCAUCAUGGCCAAACGAGCUCUGACACGCAACACGACAAUUCUGUCCUCCCCCGUUCUUCCCAUUCUCAAGGACGACUUGAUCACGGAAGAUAUUGAAGGCAUUGAUACCAAUGAUCAACAGCUCCUAACCAACUAUUGCUACGGCCACAAAGACUCGGAUCUUUUGUGGCUACCCUAUGGUCCUCUCAUGAGCUACCUUAACCAUGCCCCCAACCCCAAUGCGCGACUGCAGUGGCAUGACAAGAAAGCUGGUGCAGAUGCACAGCAUGCUCGCCAGAAACAUCACCAUCCAGAGCUGUUGACCAGGUCAACAGAAGAAGUGGCCAAGACACAUGGCAAAAGCUUGACACUUGACGUUGUAGCCCUACGAGAUAUUGAGCCAGGCGAAGAAAUCACAAUCGAUUACGGCAAGGCUUGGGUGGAUGCCUUUCAACGCCACGUGAAACGAAUGCACGCCCGGUCCCUCAUAUCCAUACCUACGCAGCUCAUUUCGGCAGAGGAGUUCAAUGUCCAACAAGAUCACCACCCCAACGGCUACAGGACUCAAGUAGAACAAUUGCACGACCCUUACCCCGACAACUUGGAAACCUUUUGUUUCUAUUCGGUGGAGAGCUACCACUCGGACGAUCAUCCUGGACGGAGAAAUCUACACCGACAUGUUCUUCAGUGGGACGACAAGGAAGAGCACGAGUGUUUUCGACCAUGUGAAAUCCUUGAGCGUUCGAAAGACUCCCAGAAUGGAUACCGAUACACAGUGCAGCUGCUGAAUAGUGAUGACAAUCGUAUCAUUGACCACUGCAUUCUUGAUGACCACGAUGAAGUAUGGUUAGAUGUCCCUCACCGAGCUGUUCGCAUCGUCGAUCGCCCGUACACGACACCCAUCUUCAGCCCGGAUGCCUUUCGUAUGGAGAUUGGACUGCCCUCCGAUAUGGUGCCACAAGCCUGGUACCGCAAGAAGCUACGCCGAGGUGGGUCUACCACAUUUGUCGACAAGGCUAUCGGGGAUGAGUUCAAACGGAAAAAGACUGUGGAAAUCAAAGUCAAAGGUUCCAUGAUUACGAGGUUGUGA